CAUGACCGAGGAGCACAUUUCAAAUUUCAAAACAUUGCCGUUGGAGUGUCAGAGUCGCCUGGUGGUGAAAAGCGGAUGAUAACUGAUCAUUUUAUUAUUAUUUUAUUAUUAUUAUAAAGUUAAACAGUGUAGAUUUAACAUGGGCGAUUAGAGCGAUGAAGGUAAUGCUGGGAUUCGAGUAUCGUUAUUGAGAGUAAAAGAGAGAGUGAGAACAGAAGAAUGGAGGCGGAGGAGAAAUCAGUAGCAGCUGCUGCUCCUUUGAGUGUUGAAGUUCCCAAGCCGCCCUCCAUCGAGGACUUCGUGGUGCUCAAGCCGAUCAGCCGAGGAGCCUUCGGGAAGGUCUUUCUGGCCAGGAAGAAAAACAACUCCAAGCUCUAUGCUGUGAAGGUGGUGAAGAAAGCAGACAUGGUGGAUAAGAACAUGAGCGAUCAGAUGCGGGCCGAGAGAGACGCUCUGGCCCUCAGCAAAAGCCCCUUCAUCGUGCACCUGUAUUACUCACUACAGACGGCCAGCAAGGUUUUCUUGGUCAUGGAGUACCUGAUCGGCGGUGACGUGAAAUCUCUGCUCCACGUCUACGGCUACUUCGACGAAGACAUGUCCUUAAAAUACAUUUCAGAAGUGGCACUAGCUUUAGACUACCUCCACCGACACGGCAUCAUUCACAGGGAUUUGAAGCCCGAUAACAUGCUGGUCAGCAACAAGGGACACAUCAAGCUCACGGACUUCGGCCUCUCCAAAGUGAAACUGGACAGGGAACUGAACCUCAUGGAUAUUUUGACCACGCCCUCUUUGACUAAACCCAAGAUGGAUUAUUUCCGGACACCUGGCCAAGUUUUGUCUCUGAUAAGUUCACUCGGGCUUAAUACUCCAGUGGUGGAUGGGAAGCGUCACAGCAGUGCCUCGGCCGUGGCCAGUCCCAUGACGUGUGGAAAAGCCGAGAAGAGAAAGAGCUCGCUUUGUUCACCGAUGUUGGCUAGAAGACGAGAGCUCCUGCAGUCCCCCGUCUGCCAGUCACGAGGCCUCGGUGCUAACAGUGUGUUUAGUCCCAGCUUGCUGGCCAAAAGUCUGACACCGAGGCUGAUGAAAUCCAGGAAGAGGUUCGAGUCAUUGAGUGCCAGCAGCGUUCACUCGUGCCUGCUGCCGUCCAGCGACUCUGAGAGCUGCAUCAGCCCACUGUGGGAGGAUGAGCAGAAAUCUGAAGGUGAUGAGAACAUUCCUCCUCCUAAAGUAAAUGACGGAGUCGGAAAAGUCGGCCACAAACUUGCCGAGCCUGCGGUGGAGGAAAAAGCGAGAAGAGAGAUGUGUAUUCCUGCAAACGACGCUCAUCAGACACCAAUUCGCAACUCGGAUUUGAGAUCACAGCCUGUAAAUAAACACCGUUCCGGUGAAGCGAAAUGUGGAAACAUAAAGGCGGAUAUUUCUGCAGGAAAGAGGCUACAGUUCACGGAGUCUGAUCUCUGCGUCACGCCUGGUAAGACUUCGCUCAAACCAUCAUGCGAGAACAGGGUUAGGAAACCGGAGAAGAGCGUCCUCGGCGUUUGUAGGACUUUAGAAGAAGGAUCUGCUAUUAAACCAGGCUCGUCCGUGAAACGAGGCUUUGCUGAGGUGGACAAAAGCCCAGAGCAAGUUGAGGUCCAAAGAAAGAAGAGCACAGCCGAGUACAAGAGGUGUUUUCCCAUUCCGGAGAAUGACUCCCUUCUCCAUACGGGUCUGACCGGGAUUUUCUCAGCUGUCGAUCUGGGGAACGGCGGAGGGAUCCAGAAACAGUCCAACGCUACAAAGGUGACCAAAAAUCUUUUGUGUGAGUUAGAGGAACCCAUCGAGAAUGUACCCACAUCCAGUAUGACCUCCUCUCCACAAGAGAUGAGACGACGCCCGAGCUUGGACUCCGACAACUCGGUUCACGAAAUGUCCGUGCUUUCCAACACGCCUCCUCCACGUGGAGAAUCUCUCCUGUCCUCGUUCGAGGAUGAAAAUGAAACCUCGGCUGUCCUGGAAGCCCCGAAGCAUCACGAGAAAUACAGUGACCUCCGUGCGGUUUCAAGCAGUCUGCUCAAAUCGCCUCCGUUCCUCAAGCCUAAGAACGUGGUGGCCUUCAGGAGCUACUGCAGCUCCAUCAACCGCUCCAACCUGUCCUACGGCUCGCGCCUCAGCUUGGCCUCCACCGACGGCAUGGACGUGUCGACUUCGACCUCGUUCCAGACGGCGCCCGCAGCCAUCACGCCUGUGCAGAAGAAGAGACUCAGCCUCAACAGCUCCCUUUACCAGACUCCUCAGCCCAUGGCCAUGUCUCAUACCCCUUAUCGAACACCCAAGAGUGUACGCAGAGGUCCGGGUCCAGGGGAGAACGCCCCUAUCCUCGGCACGCCAGACUACCUCGCCCCGGAGCUUUUACUAGGAAAGCACCAUGCUGCAGAAUCGGUUGUGAACGACGUCAUGGUGGACUGGUGGGCGCUGGGGGUGUGCCUGUUCGAGUUCCUCACCGGAGUGCCUCCUUUCAACGACGAAACUCCUCAACUGGUCUUCCAGAAUAUUCUUAACCGAGACAUUCCAUGGCCUGAUGCUGAAGAGGAAUUAUCUCCCAGCGCUCGAGGUGCAAUUGAGAUUCUCCUCAGUACAGACGUCACCAAACGGGCUGGGCUUAAAGAGCUGAAAGAGCAUGCGUUCUUCGCAGGUGUGUACUGGGACAAUCUUCAGAACCAGGCCAUGCCUUUUGUUCCUGAGCCCCACGAUGAGACGGACACGUCGUACUUUGAGGCGAGAAACACUGCGCAACAAUUGGCGCUCUCUGGCUUCAGUCUCUAACACACACACACACUCUCACUUACACACACACACACUCUUGCACAUAAGCACUCUUGCUCCUGUAGCUGUUAGCUCAACAAUGGAGACUGUUUCCUGACGAUGAAUGUAGCAUGAUUCUUCCUUCCUUUCCUUAUCUAUGAUAAUGUUUUAUGAUCACACACUCGAGUCUCUUAAUCUUUAGGCAUGCAGAGAUGUUUUUAAGGUGCUGAGGUUCUAUUUUUAAACUCCUCAUGUGCUGAUUCUGAAUUCGAGGGGAAAAACUGAUCUCAGACCAGAACUCUAUUACAUAUUUUAAUACUAAAGCCCUGUUGGUAUUGGUUAAUAUAAUUUUUAGUGUUUUGUGUGUCUGUAUUUAACUAUUGUUUCUGCUGCUAUACGUGUCUACUACGUGUAUGUCUAACUUGCUGAUGGUUUCUAAAGUCUGGGCUUAAAUUAGCAUUUGUGUUUUUAGCCAGACAUUUUGGAUGAUGGACCCUGCAAAAACAGAUUUUUAACUAUUUCAGUGUGUUACGUGUUACCAUUUACAUGGUGGUCUAAUAAAAAUACCCCUUUAAUAUCCCUUAA